UCAAGUGUGCGGGUAAACGAAAGAAAAACGUAGAAUAAUUUUCUAAAUCAUAAAUUAUUUUGCGGUAUAUUUUAAAUGACACCUAUUCAGUAGUGCAGAGCACAUAUUAAUUUUGUGUCCGAAAUGGAUGUUGACCAUGAGGACAUUGAUGAGGAUAUUGAACAGUUGAACAAAGUUCUGCAAGACGAAGAUGACGAAGAAGGGGAAGAAAGCGAGGGUGAAAUGCGAAGCCUGGAAUUGGAUGGAGAAUCAUACACAGACAGAGAUGGGUCAAGACCAUCCACAAGUACAGAUGUCACCUCCUCCUUUCCAACAACAUCCAUCUGUACGGACCCGGAUGACAUGUCUGUGCGGUUUGAUUCAUCCACCAUCAAUGCUGAGUCAUGCCUGGCCAUGAACAGGGCUUAUCAGGAAGUGCUACUGGACACGCUCAGGCAGAUUGAGAUGUCCCUCGCAGAAAACAGGACCAAACAGAGCAAACUGCAGCAGGAGGUGAAAGAUGCCAGUAGAUCAUCAAACUAUGAGAAGAAAAUGGCCGGGAAAGGGAAGCGAUGCACAGAGCAGAAUAUACCAUACUUCCGGGACAAGGAUGGCUUUUAUCCACCAGCUAAUGAAGAUGUGAAGAUAAAACAGACUCUGAAGGAAGACAAGACUUACGUUAAAGCCAAACCUGGAUGGUCUAAGACACAAAGGCAAACCUUGAUAAGUGCAGUGAAAGAAGAUGCCAUCCAGCAGCUGGUUAGGCCUCUUCUAAGCAAAUUGGAGGUAGAGUCUGAGAAAGCCAAUAAGUGUAAGAACAAGGAGGAGAUAGAUGCCAGCAAGACUCGAAUACAGCACCUUUAUGACGAGGUUAAUAAGAAACAGAAGCUGUCUGGAAAAGAACUUCUGAAACUGUUUGACCCUGACAAGAUAGACUUCAUGAAGAUCUCGGCCACCAAUAUGAAGGGGAAGUAUGAUGCCACUGAAUGUGAGAAGAUGUGGCGGACAGUACUACAGCCAGGAAUUAACAAGGAAAAAUGGUCCGAAGAUGAAGAUAAGAAAUUGGAAGAGCUUGUAGAGAAACACAACAUGCGAGACUGGAAAGCUAUUGCUGAAGAAUUGGGGACGAAUAGAACACCUUACCAAUGUCUGCAGCAUUACCAAGAAGAGCACUUUGAUUAUGACCAGAGUCCUUGGACCGAGGCAGAGGAUGAAUUACUGAAAGAAGUGGUCGAAACAUGUAGAUACGGAUCAGGAGUUAUUCCAUGGCCACAAGUUGCGUACUACAUAGAGCGGCGAAGCACCAAGAUGUGUGAAAUGAGAUGGUCCAAGGUUGACCCCUCAUUAACCCAUGGCAGGUGGACAGAGGCUGAAGAUAUGGCCCUCCUGGCUGCGGUUCAGCUGAUGGGGAAUGCCUGCGACUGGAACGUUAUUAAGGAUUUUGUGCCUGGCAGGAAUGCUAUGCAGUGUCGAGAGAGGUUUUUGAAAAGUCUUGACAGCUCUGUGAACUUUGACCACUUCACUUACACUGAGGAUAGGAUUGUUCUUCAGUCUUACAAUGAUUUAGGAGCUGAAUGGGCGACAAUAGCCGGCAGAUUGAAAGGUCGUACAGACUGUAUGGUACAAACCAGACACAAACGACUCAUGAAGUGGAAAGCUAUGUACGAAGAGUUCAUGAAACUCCAUAAACCUCUUCAGAGAAAAAUCUUGCACCCAGCGUUUUAUAUUGAUAAACACAACACUAUACAACUGCGUAACCUCCCUGGAUUUAAGAAGGCCACACCAAGGACCUUGAUCAGUAACACAACUAAAAGGAGAUAUAAACAGACAGACGAGGGGGCUAAGAAUAAACAGACAGACAAGGGGUCAAAGGAUUUGAUUGGUGAAGCUAGGAAACUUGUAGAGAUGGGCACUGAAGGAUAUGAGGAAAUGAAAGAUGCUGAAGAUAUCAAAGAAGAGGCUGAUGAUGAAUAUAUAAAGGAAGAAAUUGUUAAAGAGGAGGAAGAGAGCGUAGCUAAUGAGGAGAUAAAGGCACUUAAGCAAGAGUUGCAGGCCUUUGUGGACAGGACCGGUAUUAAGGUGAACGACUACGCCAAACUCAACAGGGACAUUGCUGAAGGUGGCAACUCCACUGUUGUCUGGCGUCCGCCCCCUCUGAGUCUGUCGUCGGAGAGGUAUUUCCGUCAGAUGGUGGACAAAUUCAGCCAACUACAGGUCCUGGUUAAGAGACAGGCACUGAAAGAGAUUAACAAGCUCUAUGACAGUAAAGAGGAUCUUAGUGCAGAAGAUGCACAGCACCUCAAGGUGUUAGGAGAAAUGUUUAGCCAGGAUGCUGCUGACAAGGGAAGGCUUGACCAGUUUACAGAUCGCCUGUAUAAUCUGUUUGGGGAGAGACUGCCGGCCAAGAUGACUGUUCGAGAAUUGCUCGACAUAGCUCGCAGCAAGAAACUUGGCAUCAAGCGGUCACAGUAUAUUCAGGAUGAUGAUGACCCAGAUUUGAUCAAUGAUGAGGAGGAGGAGGAGGAAGAGAAGGAAGAGAAGGAAGAGAAGGAAGAGGAUGAAGAUGAAGACUUUGAUGAUAUUGAAGCUCAAGAGCUUAAAGAAGAAGAACUUGCCAGCCUGACCAAACAACCCUGGGAGGAGAGUGACAGUGAAGACGAGAAAAGGAGGAAGAGAAGGCGAGUGCAGGACAUGGAGAGUGACAGCAGCGACGAGGAGUACUUCACCAAGCUAGAGAAAGAAGCACAGAAGAGAGAGAAGGAGCGAAAGCUGAAGGCUGCUAGACGGAAUUAUAGGGGUUGGUCCGAUGAACAAAAGUUCAAAAUGAAAAAUGCGAUGUCUCAACACGGAGAACUGAACAGAAAGAUAAAGGCUAUCAUCAAGAGGAAGAUGAACCAGACCGGGCCAGGCAGGAAGAAGAAAUACAUUAUGUACCCCAUGAAGAUUAUAAACCAGGACAAGGAGAGAACUCCAGAAGAAUGGAAGAAGAUUGAUAGAAAGUCCUUUGCUUCAUUCACCAAGAGCCUGGAUGUGGACAGUAAGGUUGUGUUCAACAAGGCCUACCAUACCAGAAGGAAGAUCACAGCCAUGGCCAUGUUAAAACCCAUGGAGAAAAUCAAACGGACACGAUCACAGUCAAGACAGGUGCCGAAGAUAAUGGGGGUAUUGAAGGAAGAGUGUAAUGCAGCUGAUACUCUGAUGGACUGUCAGCAAGAACUCAACAUUGCUGAUGAAGAUCUGGACGGGUCCUCAGCUGAUUCCACAGCUGAGCAAAGCACUUCCACUGAGCCGACCAACUACGACCGCUCCCUUCCUUACAUCCCCCCAAACAAGACGACACUUCUGGGAAUGAGGCAGCUCCUCUAUGAACACAAGGCCCUUAUUGACAACUCCAAAGCCUACUUCAAUCCGCAGGAACUGAAGAUGCAGUUAUACAAGCUGAAAACUAACGGCCCCAAUCCACUCAUGAAUGUGCUAUUAGCUGCUGGGAAAGAUAUGGAGAAAAACCGGGCCAAGACAAGCGUAGAACAGCCGAGCCGUAAGAUGAAAUCUUCAUCCCAACAUGUAGGACAGUGCCAACAAACCAUGAGGGAAGUACGCCAGACUCACGACUACCAGAAACUCAAGGCCCGGUUCCAAGCAGUGUUUACAUGGCCAGCUCUCAUGUCGACAGUUGCUAUUCCGAAAGUGCGGACUUUUCCCCCAGCCAUCAUAGAGAAAUUAAAGGAGCCUUCUUAUACUGAAAUUUUUGAGGAAGACCCAGAAAUGAAAGAGGAGCCUGAAGAUGAUGACUUAACAGCAGAUGCUGAUGACGUCAUUCCAGAGAAUGCGGAAGAUGAGCUUGACAAGAAUCUCCCAGAAAUCGAGGCGAUUGAGAAACUGGUGGAGAAAAUCAUGGAGGAAUAUGCUAGGACCAGAAGCACCAGGAGAAAGAGGAUAGAGAGGAAGAGACCUUUGAAGAAAAACUCAAACCAAAAGAUGGGACAACAACAGAGGAUGAAGACCAUGAUCCUCAGACGACUUGGACUAUAUGAAAGAAUGAAAGAGCUUCAGCAGGCUAAGGUCAAGUCAAACAGUUCCAAUCCAAAAGCGGGGCCAUCCAUAGAUCGAACAUACAAACCACAUAUGAGGAAAACAUCCCUCAAUUCGAUCACGGAUCGGACAAGAACUACACGAUCAAAAGGUGGUGUUGAUGAUGAUACAUCUGAGAAAUCUCAAACUGAACCUGCAGACAUUAAAGAAAUGCAGACAAACCCUUGUGAAAAAUCUGCUGGUUCUGCUGAAGGUGUUAAUAAAAGUAAUGAUUUACAAAGACCAACUGAAGAUGUCGUUGAAGAUAUGGCAAUUGAUGAUCAGGUGGAUGAUGUUAAUGAUGACAUUAGUGAAUGUCAAACUGACAAGGCUUUAGAAUUGAUCAAUGGUAAUGCUCAAAAAGUGAUUUCAGGAUCUAGUCAGAUUGCAGAAAACAUAGUGCCUGACAGCGAUCUAAACUCUAAGGUUCCUCAGUCAAUAGAAGAAAGUAAAACUGUUGCAGAUCCAGAACAAUUAGAUAUUACACAGACAGUGGAGAAAGAAUGCCAGAAUGAAGUCCAUCAGUUGAAAGCAAGUGAUAUCACUGUAAAAGAAUCAAAAGAAAGUCAGAAGAUUGUAAAUGAGUCAAUAACAAGUCAGAAUAAUGUUAAUGAGUUGAAUGUUAGUCAGAUUAGAAUUUGCAACCCAAAUACAAGCAAAAAUGAAUCUGAAGAUCAUGAAAUGGAUGAAGAAAUUAACAAACAACAUACAGCUGAAGAGGGAUGUCAGGCCAACUUUGAGGACAGUGAUGAUGAUGAUGUUACACCUCAGGAGAAGUCAACUCGGUCUACUGAGCCAUUAGUUGAGGAGGUGCCUAAGAGGAGGCCUGGAAGACAGAAGGGUACAAAGCUUAAGUGCUACACUCCCAAGGAGAGUGCUAGGAAAUCAUCCCGCCACCCGGUUAUCCCCCCUACUAGUGAUAGUAAAGAAGCUAAAAAGGAUGGGCAGGAUCCAGCAGUAAAGAAAAAAAAGCGACCAAGCUACCAGUUUUCCCAGUCUCGCAUUCGAGCCAUGAUACCAGGGCGUUUUGACAAGCUUGUCGCCCAAAUACCAGAUGUUCCAAUUAUGAGUGAGGCAAUUCCAGAACCAAAAACUAAAACGCGAAAGCAAAGAACUAGGAAGCCUAAGCAGAAUGAGAUUGUCGGCAAUUUUAAACGAAAACGUGUGUCCGCCAAAAUGAAGAAAAUGCUUCAGAGUAAUUAUGAGAUGAAAUGUUUAAAGCAAGCAGAAAAACUGACAAGUUUAAAGGAACAGCAAGAACAGCAAGAAUUACAGAAGUUGAUAGAUAAUCCGAAAGUUCCUUAUCUUGCUAUUCCGAUAUUGAAAGAAAAGGAUGACAAUGAUGAAGAUAUGAUCGAUAAAACUCGCAAAAAUAUACAAGAGAAAUUAUUGAAGGCAUGUAUGACAGCUGAGACAAAUUGGGGUAAAAGCAAAUACAAAGGAGGCAAGAAGCAGAGUUAUUUCUUUAAGCCAAAAGGAGGACAACCAAGAAGCAAAGAUACCAGGCUUGACAAGAAACGAUCCAAUAGAAACACUAGUAAUAUGAAAAUAACCAAAAGACUGGUUAAGAAUAUAAGCAUUUUAAAAUCUGUGAAUAGUAAACUAAGCAAUCAGGGGGAAACUGCUCAGUCAAAGACAUGGACAAGUACAAAUUCAACAUUUCCUGAACUAAAUGCAGAUGGUCAAGAAGAUUUUCAACAAAUUGAGCAACCCAAAACACUUUCAGAAUACGAGCCUUUACUAAUUGACCAACCCAAGACACAUUUACAAAAUGAGCCUUCACAAAGUGACCAACCCAAGACACAUUUACAAAAUGAGCCUUCACAGGGUGACCAACCCAAGACACACUUACAAAAUGAGCCUUCACAGGGUGACCAACCCAAGACACCAAAUAAGAUUAAGAAAAAGAAAGAGACUUUGAAGAAACAGAAAGCGAUCCCUGUCGCAUACAAGGGCGCAUCUGCCAUGGGAAAGGAGGUCUGUAUAAAGUCAACCCAGAAUAUACUUAAAAGAAAACUGGCAAAAUCUGCAAUUGAAGAGAAAAGAAAACUAGUACAAUCUGCAAUUGAAGAAAAGAGAAAACUGGCAAAAUCUGCAAUUGAAGAAAAAGUUGAGGAAGAUUAUCGUAUAGUUAAAGUGGAGAGAGACAAUGAUGAUGAUGAUGAUGAUGAUGAAGAAAUUCCAGCAAAGAUUGCCAAGACUUGUGAAAAUAUUUCAAACUCUGACACCUCUCCAAUAGUUCGAUCUGAAACAAUUGAGCCCUCACCAUCUUGUCAACAACAAACCAUCAAUGAGCAGAACUCAGUACAUAGUCCUAGUUGUGAAGUGACUAGUCGAGCUCUGGAACUACCAAACCAACAACAAAGUACUUCUACACAGAUAGUUUCAAAACCUCACCAAGCUAAUUCUGAAAUUCAAUCAGCUGCAAUAGGGCAAGUGAAACUGUCCACACCUUCAAGGAUCAACCAAUCCCAAGCAGCAGCGGAUACAGCUACUCCACAGCCGGCAGCAGCAUUGAUGAAUAUGCAGAGCAUGUUAGGCCCAAUGAUCAGUAUGAGCCUAAUGCAACACCAGGCUAACAGUUCCGAACCCCGUGGGACUCCAUUGAUCGUACCUGUACCCGUCACGGUGGGAAAUACCCAACAGUUUGCCUUUAUGCCGCUGUUUGCCAACAGUGAGGGGAAGUACAUUAUGCCGGACGGAAAGGAACUUGAGGUCGGGAGUCCCGGGAAUAGUGUCUCUCUGCCUGCCAUAAACUUGCAGCAAAAUCAGAUGACUGCAACUGCUGCUCAUGUUAACAGUGGUGGAGAUUCAGGGAAGACAGACAGUGUGUCGGAAAAGAUGGCCUAGAUGUUGACUGAGUCAACAUAUUAAAUGUUUAAAAGUGAUGUCGUAAAUGACAGGAUUAACUUAAACAAAAUUCUGAACAAUCGGAAUGGGCUAUUUUGAAGCAUUUAAAAUCAGUAUUAAAUCAGUUCAAACAAUUGUUAUAUUAGUGUUGAUUCAGUUAUUUAGUUAUGGUUUAAGAUUGUAUUUGAUUGUUUUUCGCUUCGUUGUUCGAUACAAUUCAAGACUGAAAAUCUGUUGAUUAUGCUUUUCAUUAAUGUUAUUUUUGUACUAUCGAUUGGAAUAAAAUAUAGAAACCA